UGUUACCAGCAGCCAAAAUGUAUCGGUUACUAUAUGCGCAAAAUCAACAAAUCAGAUUAUGCUCUGUUCUCAUUGAGAAAACACGCUUCGGAUAUUUUUCUCUAGUGCUGAAAAAAAUACAGUUAUUUCAGAAAGUAAUUUAAAUAGCUUCCAGCUUUCAUCGAAAACGUCGAAGAUGUUUCGAUUUGCUACGAAGUUCGCAUCGGCUAAAUUCCGAUUACUAAGCGGUCGCAGAGUUGCGCCGCCUCCCCCACUCUCCCAAGUACGCCAUCCAUGCCUGUCCUCCAACCUUCAAAGCGUCCAUAUGGAGAAUGACCCUCAGUUGUCCCCGUCUGCCUCCCCUGACGGGCUUGGUGGAGCCAUGGACUGGACUGGACAGACGAUGGCAAUGAAACACGUGCCACUUGACCUGGAUGGUCGUGGAGAUAGUGUCCCCUCGGAGGGACAGAAGGAAGCCUUCAGCAAUAAGUUCAUAAAAAGGCUACGUAGAGGUCCCAAAGUAGCGCCACUUCCUCCUCAAGAGAUGAACAACGGACAAGAGUCAACUCAUGGAUCUCGAGAAGGUCCCUCGAUCCUCAUAGGACACGAGGAGACUGAAAGGCUAAUAAGAUCAAGGGACAUGGAUGUUACACCGGCUGAACAAACCGACAAGCAGCCGCCGGAAAGGAAGGCUAAGAAAUUAUCAAUCAGGGGUCGGAUUGGAAGAAUAUUGGGAAUAUUCCACCGCCAAAAAGUGGUACCUUUGAAUGUGAUUCCUACGAGGGGACAUCCAACCUCAGCUCCUGAGGGAAGCGGCUUGCCAAACAGGAAAUUACAAGAUGGCUGCCAAGCGCAAGACGUCAAGACACAUUCAGAGGAUAAACACAAAGAUGGGGAUGCAUUCGACCCUCAUCAAGAUUGUCACACAAACUACGUGGAGUUUGAGACUUCAUCAAGGUUAUCUUCAACAGACGAAGUCACCACAGAGACAACAGUUCUUCCUUCUUCGAGCGCUACACUCAAGAAAGAGCAGAUUGACGGAGGGGAUGCAAAAAUCAUAGAAAAUGAAUAUCAAGGUGACCUUGGAAGUACCACCCGACUGUGUCCUUGUGAGAAGUUGCAGAACGAGGAACCAGGAUGCAGUCCAGGACAUGUUAGUGUGGCAUCCGGGGAGCUCUUGGGAGCAUCUGACAACCGGGAGACAUCUUUAGAUCAGACCUCGUUGAUCAGAUGCAGAAGUUCAACUACCACCAGUCCUUGCCACGAUAAACAGGGAAACAACCCCGAUGAAACUCGUGCUAGGGCCGGCGUAUCUUCAUCAGUCAAGGGAGAGUUUUCUCAGACAGUUAUCCAAGGAGAACCUGUAAAACCAGCAGAAGGAGGUCGGAAAUUGACGGCUUCUUCCCUUGGCAAAACAAACAUCAGGAGCUUCAGGCUCACUGGAAAGAAUCUCGUCAUAGGAACAUCACCGUGUGUGGUGAAGGACUCAAGGAAACCAAGUCAGGGACCAUCUUCGCUGAUUUCGCCUCAAGUCGCAACGAACAAAACUGUUCCGGGUCACAGGACCAUUUUGGACGUCAAACCAGACGCUUUGGCAGACGAGAUGCGAACGAUGUCACCAAGUGCAAAACAGCGCCGAGUCCAGGAGAUUACCGUCCACAUUAAGAGAAGGGUGGAUCUGCAAACUCUCAGAGACUUGACUAAUGACACCCUGCCGUAUACAAGUAACGAGGGAAAGGAAAUAGAAGAAAAUGCGAGGAGAGCAGAGACACUGCUAAGCCAGUUGAAGACAGUGAUGGCAAAGGCCGAUAAAAGGGAACCGACGGGUAGCAGCAGUUCACACCACAGUCAGCAGCAUCUUCCUGUGAAAGCCCAAAGUCACAGGAGCAACUCGAAUAACCUUAGUCGACACUGUGUGCAGAAUUGUACUUCAAGUAAGACAAACCGCGUGUCAGGAGCGACUUCCUCAUCUGUGCAUCAAGCAGCUUUGCUAUCAAACCCAAAUAUUGCCACUGUAAAGAAUACAGUUCCCCAACAGCGAAACCUUACAAAGCCAUCAAAAUCAAAGGUAGCACCCCUCUGCCCAGCGAUUCGCAAAAGGACAUUUCGGAAGUCAACGGCAGUUCAGAAGCAAGGAUCUCCAGCCAAGCCAACAUCUAAGGAUCUACAAAAACUGGGCCUACCAAUAAUCGACGAAAGGGACCUGGAACCUGUUCAGACUAGAAAAGGAACUGCCAUCAAACUUGGCUCCGGGGAUUAUGGAGAAGUCUUCCUCAUGAGAUCCCGCGUGGAUGGCACGCUCAUGGCCGUCAAACGACUCACAGACAUACCAGGAAGCAACCAAAAAGACAAACGAACCGCUGAAAUGUUGCAGGAGCUACGUGCCAUGGAGGCAGUGAAAUCUUGCAGAGUCUUCCCAAAUUUCCUGGGAGUACUUGACCUGUAUUCCUUCGCUCAAGAGUUCGUUGGGAAUGCCCGGACAAUGAUCUCUUUGAGUGCCUUCAAACUGUUGUACAAGAGUCCCCGAGGUCCACACUUGCUGCCGCUGGAUUGGGUGAGGAUCUGCAUUGACGUUACUGAAGGACUCGAGAUGCUCCACGGCGCAGGCUGGACGCAUAACGACCUGCAUAUUAGUAACAUUUUGGUCUGGCGAGAUCCUAGAAAAGUAACUGCAACCUGGGAGGCGAAGAUAAUAGAUUUGGGGAAAGCCUCGCCAAUCAAGAACCCACCGCCACCUAAGAUCUUGACCUUCAUGCAGAUGAUGUUCGCCUUCAAGAACUGCACCCAGAUGGCUCCAGAAAUAGUGGAGGGCAGGAGUAGAUACAACGUGAAGUCAGACGUCUACAGUCUUGGGAUUGCUUUACAAGACAUUGGCAAAGACAACCGACUCCUGUCUAGUUUCAAGACGAUAGGAGAUAGAUGUGUGGUCGAGGAACCAGACCAGAGACCAGAGCUGAAGAUAAUCUUGAAGGAACUGAAUCAGCUGUGUAAUAAGUUCAUUAGCCCAAGGCGUGCUGGUAAAACCAAAGGCACGCGGUAAACUGAAUAGAUUAUAGCUUCGCGUAAUAAAAGGAAAAUAUUCGUCAGGACAACAAAAACA